GAAAUGAUUGAUUGUGAACAUUUACCUUGCAGUACAUCAAAAAGAGAAGUUGAUCCCAGUCUUUCUUCAAUUUUUAAAAGGAAGUUUAUUGUUACUGAAUCAAAUGUUAAGUCAAUUCAACACACCUACACCCUACAUGGGCAUGAAGGAUGUGUAAAUUCAAUAAAAUGGAACGAUUCUGGAACGCUUCUUGCUAGCGGUUCCGAUGACCAACAUUUAAUUAUUUGGCAUCAAAAUGGUCGCUUACUUCGUCGUUUACAAACACUACACUCAAAUAAUAUUUUUUCUGUUCUAUUUGUGCCUCAUGCACAUGACCAUUUACUUUUGUCGGCAGCGGGUGAUAGCUUAAUUUUAUUGCAUGAAUUGGAUCAAAUGUCAUCAGAUUCGUUGUGUCAUAUUCAAAAAUGGGAAUGUAAAGGAAGGGUAAAGAAAAUGGCAAUUUGUAAAGAAGAACCGAGGAUAUUUUGGGCUGUGUCUGAAGAUGGAGUUUUAAAACAAUGCGAUCUUCGCGACAACAAAACAACAGAUUUUGAUUUUUCUGAAGAUUAUGGAUCUUUAAAGUCGUUAGCAAUAAAUGAAAGUUCAAGUGAGAUGUUGGCUAUUGGUUUAAGUUCAGCUUUAGUUCCAAUAUAUGACAAAAGAAGUAUGAAGGAGCCUUUAAUGAAGUUAUUACCAGCUCAUCUCUCUGUAAACGAAGAAGGACACCUUUUAUCUACAAAUUUGGAAUUUAACAAAAUUGGAAAUGAACUCUUAGUGAAUAUUGGUUCUGAUAAUAUUUAUAUUUUCGAUGUGAAGAAGAAUAAUCACACAUCUCCUGAUAUUUUUUCAACAAUUAAAAGGUUUUGGAAUUUUUUUUGAAUUGUUUCAUGAGUUUUAUGUCUGAUGAAGAAAAUUUUCCGUUUGAAAAUACAACUCUUGAGG